CUACGGUCAUUAAGAUAAAUUAAUAUGUUCAUAUUUUAAUUUAGUUACUUGAGUGGUAAUCCUGUGUAUUGAUUGGAUAGAUUGGUUUCCCUAAUACCGAGUUGACAUGGUAUGUUUUACAGCUCUAUUCUAACAGUUAAGAGAGUAAGUAAUUUUAAAGUAAACAACCUUAAUUUUAAUUUGAUUUUCAACAGAUAAGAAACAGUCUAAAAAAGAAUCCAUAGUUAAUCUAAAAUUGUUUCAAGGGUAUUGGAUCAGACUGUAUAGUCGUAGAGCUAGCCAUUUGGAGCACAUUGACGUAAUGAAGAACACUUGAGCUUCACUUGAGCUUCACUUGACGGUUAACGGUUAUUGCUUUCAUGUAACAUAUGUUACAUAUACAAGACAGCUGAUCUUAAAGGGAAAAGGCAUUUUUAAAAAUUUUUGAAAUCCCGCCAAUAGCGGCAGCUCGCCGUCAUUGAAAAGUGAAAACGAAUCCACUUUUGUUAUCCUUACUAGUUGCAAUAUGGUCAGUUUUGGUCACGUGACGUGACUGUAAGUAUAAUGACGGAGAAAGACCUAUGGUACCACCACAAGGCACAAACUGGCACUCAUAUCUAACCGAACUUCCGAGAGGCGUUAUUCCAGUUUCCAUUUUAUACCAACUCAAAUUUCUUUAAGUGUGUUUAAACGUUAACUAAUUUUCCUAGGGUGAAAUAGUGACUGUAGGCUACGUGACUAUUGUGUAAAAGUGUAAAUGGAAUGUUGAAACGAGCAUUUGGGUACGCUGUCGUUGUGUUUUCCAUCAGUGCGUUUACGAUCUAUUGUGCUUCUUAUCUCACAGUAUCUCGACCGAGUUUUCAUCGAAAGUUUUUGAGCAAAGCUUCUCGACUAGAUGAUGCCAAUUUCCUUGCCAUUAAUAAAAGUAAUAACAUCGCACAAAUGCAACAUGAUACUUGUAAAGCGAUUCGACCUUUGAGUCACAGACGCAAGACAUUACUUUUAUGGACGCCCGUCUCCUUCACAUGGAGUAUCCGGUGGUCUUUGAAAAACUGCCCCGCGGUCAAAGGUUGCCGAUUAAUUAGCGAUCGGCGCCUUUUGAACGAGAGUGACGCAGUCAUAUUCCACUUCCGAAAUGGGUCAUUUGAUCGCCUGCCGACAUGUCGCCGGCCUGAUCAACGUUACGUUUAUUUGAAUUUCGAAUCUGCCAUUCGUAGUAGAAGUAGUUAUCCUUGGGGAAAGUUACCUCGACACUUUUUCAAUUUGACGGCCACUUAUAGAUCCGACUCUGAUUUCGUUGGAUUAGCCUUUGGUGGGUUUCAAUUUGAACCCAAGGAAAAAUUUAUGAUCCAACAACAGGCCGCCGACUGGACAAAUUAUUAUGGGAUCAAUAUAACAUCCAAGACGAAAACAGCCGCCUGGUUCGCGAGCAACUGUAAAACGUCAAUCAACCGAGAAGGAUACGUCCGUGAACUUCAGAAAUACAUUCCAGUCGAUGUCUUUGGCAAAUGUUUGAAAAAUCCCAAGACCUGUCCCAGAAAAAAGCAAAAGGAGUGUGACGACAUGUUGAAACGAGAGUACCUUUUCUACCUGAGCUUUGAAAAUUCCUUUUGUCCAGAUUACGUCACUGAAAAAUUUUACAGGGCCUUUGAAACAGGAACCGUUCCAGUUGUGUUUGGCGGAGCCAACUAUUCCUUGUUUGCACCGGCACACUCCUACAUUAACGCCAGGGAUUUCAAGACACCCAAACUGUUGGCCGAAUAUUUAAUCCAACUCAGUCGGAACUUGAAUCUUUAUUCCCGCUACUUUGACUGGAAAGGGAAAUUCAACUUGCGAAAAAGUUCCGGUUGGGCUUGUAAAUUAUGCAAAAUGCUCCACACAGAUCUCAGAGUGACGGCUGCUAAAAGUUACGAGGAUAUUGGGGAAUGGUUUUUCGAUAAAAAUACCUGUGAAAAUUAUCAAUGGGAAAAUGUGAGCAGUUAAAUGUUUGGGAUUCCUCGUUCUGUGCGUUUCUAUUUGCGUUCAUAGGAAAAGUUUCGAAAAGAAAAUUCCCUUUCGGCGUCUGCAGAAAUCCCGCUAAGAGAAAUCCGCUCCGUGAAAUUUAUUCAAUUUUCAUUCAUUUAUAUUUCAUUCAUUUAAAACAAAUAAAAAAGAUGUUUUUUUGUGUAAUUGAUCAUUGAUGUGUUCCAACAUCCAACAUAGUCUCGGGGGUGGUACGGAGAAGGUUUUAUUUCGAACCCGUAAUAAAACCUUCUCCGUACACCCCCCCGAGACCAGGCUGGUGUUAUCUCAAUCUGCUACUACAGAGCAAACCGAAGAAAAUAAAAAUAAAAACCCAUGUUAUUUCAAAAUUUUAAAUUAGGCAAUCCAAACGGCGUUUCAUGUCUCUUGCCCUUAUUUUGACAGGUACUGUAAACACACGUUUUUGUGCAACAAUGCUCGACUACAAUGCGCAUGUAGCAGUGAAAAAAAUAUUUGAAAUAUUUCCAGCCACAACUGAAUUAGACGCGAAUGAAUUUUCUCCCAUUUCUGAUCUCUGACCGGCAUUCUGCAAAUCUGGCAAUCAAAAUCAGUCUUUUACUUGAAGAGUCUACAUUUUUGCAGAUAGAACUUUGAAAAUUAGUUUGUGUAUUCAGUAAGUAUCAAAUUUUAAUAGACUUUGAUUAAUUAGAAGCGAAUAAAUUUCCUUCCCUUCCCCUUGACUUCUUGAUUCGAAUUUGAAAAACUGAAGCUGAGAAUUCCAUGAGUUGUGUUGUGAACGUUGUGAAUGAAAACGACAUUCUUGUGCUGUAAGAGAGUGAUCGGCGAGUAGUAAAAGAUUUUCUUUUUGUUUUUAGUUAUUUGAUGACUGUCGUAAAUGUUGAUGCAGAAGGACUCGUGCUGCACGGAAGAAAUUUUAAUCAGCACGGUAAAAUGCCAACCUCAUGUUCGGAUCUGCAGCGAAUUGGACAUAAACUGAACGGAUUUUUUAUGGUGAAAAGUGUGAGGAAGAUGGAAACGGU